AUGUGCGAAGUAUCGAUACAUUUUCUUACGCUGCUCAGUGCCCUCAAUUAAAAAUAAAAUUACAAAAUUUCACUGUUUCUGUUUAUAAAAAAUCGCAUUGCGUAAACGUUAUAGUUUACAUUUAACACAAGUGGAAGUUACAUUGUAGAACAUGUCAACACCCGCACGCAGACGUCUUAUGAGAGAUUUUAAAAGACUUCAGGAGGACCCACCAACGGGUGUUUCGGGUGCGCCAACAGAUAAUAAUAUUAUGAUAUGGAAUGCUGUGAUUUUUGGUCCACACGAUACACCGUUCGAGGAUGGCACCUUUAAGUUAACCAUAGAAUUUACGGAAGAAUAUCCAAAUAAACCGCCAACAGUUCGAUUCGUAUCGAAAGUAUUUCAUCCAAAUGUUUAUGCAGAUGGUGGCAUAUGCUUGGAUAUAUUGCAGAAUCGCUGGAGUCCCACAUAUGAUGUGUCAGCUAUAUUAACAUCCAUACAGUCACUGCUGAGCGAUCCCAAUCCCAAUUCACCGGCCAACUCUACCGCCGCCCAGCUUUAUAAAGAGAAUCGUCGCGAGUAUGAGAAGCGUGUGAAAGCCUGCGUGGAGCAAAGUUUCAUCGAUUAGCCAUGCGCCCACUUCAACACCAACAACAAAAACAACAACAACAUCAACAACAGAAGCAGCAGCAGCAGCGACUUGCAGCUACAAACUUCAACAACAACAACAAAAACAGCAUGCAAUAAUAUAAACAAGUUUAAAUUAAAUAAUAUCGGAUAUAUUUAUAAUAGUUAUAACGCUAUGAAAUUGUAACAGCGCCUAAAGCCAACACACACACACAACCACACACGCACACACUCUACAGACAGACAGACAGACACACGCAUACCCGCGCACACACACACACUCAUAUACACGUAAACACACAUAUAUAUAUAUAUAGACCCGCAAAACAGGGCAGUUUAUAUUUUCGGCAAAAUGUUUUAAUCGUAGACACACACACGACAACAAACAUCAACAUUAACAACAACAACAACAACCCACUGAAGCAGCAACAAAAAAAAAUUAAUUAAGCCGCAACAACUUCAGAUAUUUAAAUAUCUCCUCAGCCUCUCAUAAGCUAACAAUAAUAAUAGUAAUAAUAACAUCAACAAUUUAAUGUUAUAAUUCAAAUAGCAGCAGAA